AUGAUGUUUAUCAUAUUAACGCUUAUUUCUGUCGGUCUACUCGUAUUAUAUGUAAAAUAUAAAUAUUUUACUUCUCAUCGUCAAAUUCCAAGUUUACCAACACAUUUUUUAUUUGGAAAUUUACUUCAAUCGGGACUAUUACGUGGAGCUUCUCUUCUACAAGUUUAUACAUCGUUCAAAAAACAACUUGGUGAUAUUUAUGAGAUUAGACUCGGAUUUUUACAUGAAAUAGUCGUCGGUGAUAUAGAUGAUGUGAAGCAUAUUUUUACUCACCGACAUAUUUAUGAUCAAAGUGAUUGGAUAGUGGAAUUCAUGAGUGUUUUUAUACCAGAUAGUCUCAUUACUCUAAAAGGUGCUAAAUUCAAACGACAUGCUUCAAUCACAAUGCCCCUAUUUCGUCAUGGAAAAAUUCUUUCAAACUUCGAUUUGAUUAUUAAUUGUACGGACGAACUUUUGAAUAAUUGGCGUUCAACUUCUUCAGAUCACAUUCAUUGUGAUAUUUUACAACAAUGUCAAAAUCUUCUACUGGAAAUUUUUGGAUUCAUUGGUUUUGAUUAUGAUUUCGAUACACUUCGUGGUACAAAGAGUAAUGAACUUACACUAGCAUUAAGAAACUAUAUCGACACUAUGGAAUUAGGUGUCUAUUUAUCAGCUUUUCUUUUCAGUGCCUAUUUGAAAUUAAGUCCGAAAUGUCGACGAGCUCAAAGGACAAUUAAACGAUAUUUAUAUCGAAUGAUGGAACAAGAAUUAACUGAAACUCCAGAAUCGAGAGCCCAACGGAAGAAGACAUCAUUAAUUGCUUCAUUGGUCGCUUCAUUACAAACGGAUGAACAAGCAGAAGAAAGAAAAAGUGAAGAGGAAAAAACAGGUAAUCAAAAUUUGAUCUACUCUUCCGAAUGUACAUCCGCUGGUUAA